AUGGGGUUUAGGGUUGCGGUGGUGGUUUUGGGGAUUUUGGUGGUUUUGAGUGGAGGGGUGGUGGGGAAGGGAGUUGAGGAGGAGAAGAAUUUGUUGGGUCGGAGGCAUGGGCCUUUUGUGGGAGGUUUAGGGCAUGGGAUUUAUCGGAAAGGGUUUAAGCAUGGGAGAGGUGGGGGGUUUGGUGGAGGGUUGGGAGGUGGUGUAGGUGGUGGGGGUGGACUUGGUGGAGGUGCGGGUGGUGGGCUUGGUGGAGGUGCAGGUGGUGGAGGUGCAGGUGGUGGUGGUGGACUUGGUGGGGGUGCAGGAGGAGGGCUUGGUGGAGGUGCAGGUGGUGGUGGUGGACUUGGUGGGGGUGCAGGAGGAGGGCUUGGUGGAGGUGCUGGGGGAGGGCUUGGCGGAGGGGCAGGAGGCGGCGGUGGACUAGGUGGAGGUGCUGGAGGAGGGCUUGGUGGAGGGGCAGGAGGCGGGGGUGGACUAGGUGGAGGUGCUGGGGGAGGGCUUGGUGGAGGAGCUGGAGGUGGUGGAGGACUCGGUGGAGGGGCAGGAGGUGGUGGUGGACUCGGUGGAGGGGCAGGAGGUGGUGGUGGACUCGGUGGAGGGGCAGGAGGUGGUGGUGGACUCGGUGGAGGGGCAGGAGGUGGUGGUGGACUCGGUGGAGGAGCUGGAGGUGGUGGAGGACUUGGUGGAGGUGCAGGAGGUGGUGGAGGAUUAGGUGGAGGGGCAGGAGCAGGUGGUGGACUUGGUGGAGGAGCCGGAGGUGGUGCAGGAGGGGGACUUGGUGGGGGAGGUGGAGCUGGUGGUGGUGCAGGAGCUGGCUUUGGAGGGGGAGCAGGCGCAGGCGGGGGUGCUGGAGGUGGACUAGGUGGAGGAGGAGGUGGUGGAUUCGGUGGAGGAGGGGGCGGUGGUGUUGGUGGAGGUGCAGGUGCUGGAUUUGGAGUAGGCUUCGGAGCUGGUGCAGGCGCAGGAGGCGGCUUAGGUGGCGGAGGAGGAGGAGGUGCAGGAGGUGGUUCAGGCUUUGGUGGCGGCGCUGGUUUUGGAGGAGGAGCUGGUGGCCACUGA